AUGGAAAUUUUGCGCGCAAAGAAGGUGCACUUGCUUGGCUUCACCUUGAUGUUUGCGGCCUGGAGAAGCCGGAACACGUCGAGUAUGUGUCCACAAUGCUCAUCGAAGGUGCGCAAGAAGAUGACAAUGUCAUCUACAUACACAAAUGCACUCGUCCACAGUACCUGCGCUAGCGCUUUAUUCAUCACUCGUUAGAAUGUCGCUACGCUGUUGCAGAGGCCCAUCGGCAUGCGAGCCCACUGCUUCUGUGUCUGUCCAUCGAUUGAAAAUGCUGUCUUGUGUCGGUCGUCCGGGUGCACUUCAACUUGCCAAAAGCCUGAUGUCGCAUCAAGCGUGGUAAACCAAGACAUACCAUGGAGGCACUCGAAGCAUCGACCGAUUAAUGGUGGCGCGUAGCGCGACUUUUCUGUGAUUUCGUUCAGCCAGCGAUAAUCGAUACAGAGGCGCCAAGAGCCAUCUUUCUUCCUCACCAUCACAAUGGCGGCAUUGUACUCAGAAUCCGCAGGCUCGACGAUGCCUGA